AUGGAGAUAAAGAAGGUAUCACUUUCAUUACUGAUGGGUCUCGGAAUCAUUGCAAUGAUUGCAUCAAUUACUAAAACCAUUCAACUGCAAGCGAUCACAGCAAAAGCGGACAUCACUUAUGCCAUGGCCCAUCUUGCUACGUGGUGGACCCUCGAAGCGUAUCUUGUCAUCAUCGCGACUUCGAUACCCACAUUGAGGCCGAUCAUGUCCACGAAUAGGGGCAAAGAAAUUAAUCGAACAAGAGGUCGAAUAUCAGUGACAGCCAUCAGGCUAGCUAUGUUCAUAGCAAGCAGCUCGAAAGAAGUGAUGAUUCAAAACUUCUAG